AUAUUUUAUUUAACAUUGGAGCGGUUUCCAGAGCGGUCGCAUCUUCUUUCUAUUUCAAGGAAAAUAUUUUUGAAAUUCGUAAAAUGUUUCAACUUCUGCUGAUGUGGUUCAUAGCGAUUGGCGUCGUUUCCUGUGUGACAAACAACUGUCCGAUAUUUUCAGCCUUUGAAAACAACGCCACGUUAUUCAACGAACUCCAGGGAACAUUCCUAAAAGUGUUGGCAAUUGGUACAAGCCCUGUUGCCCCUUGUCAGAAACAAACCUUUACAAUCGGAACAAAUAACUUAAUCAGCCAAGGAUAUUUUCAGUCGCCGGAUUGGUGCUUGCGCUUGAAUAACUGCAUAUCUAAUACUGACUACCAAGAAUGUGAUCUUACUCCUUUAUCGCCUGUAAAACCUGGAACAUUACCAUCCCCUGAGAGAAACCAGAUUAAAUUAGCUGGAAAAGUCGGAGAAGGUGAAAGUGCCUGCUUCAUAUAUGCCUAUUGUCGCAUUUCUGAAGAAGGCAUGUACGUGUUGUGUCGUCAGCCACUUAAAUCGCCCGUUACGCGUUUUAUAGCGUUUUUCGAACUUUUGACAAACUUGCUUACACCACCGUUACCGCAUGUGACACUAGUCAAUCAAACCAAUUGUACAUUCCCAAACAGUUGCCCUCCAUAAAAGAAACUACAGAUCGAGAAAAUUUUACGAAAAACACGUGAAAAAUAUUAAGAAAAUCAAU